AUGCCGGGUAGGUCUGGUUCGUUCCCGAACCUGUCUCCUGCUCGUGUGAUUGCUGCAGCCGGAGCAGCGGGAGGAACAAGGGCAGCAAGAGCAACGGGGGCAGCAGGGGCAGUAGGUACAGCAGGGGCAGCAGGAGGAAGAGGCAAGGCUCCCGUGGUUGCGUAUGGGCAUUGUAGGUCCUUGUCGUUUGGAGGGAGCAGCAACACGCGCCUGCAGGCUGAUGAUUGCAGCGGUGACGAGGAUGACUAUACAGAGGACAGUUUUGGUGCAGCGUGGAAAGCACAGAAGGUGGGACACCAGGCGGGGCGCGUUAAACGAGCAACCACUGGGUCAGGACAGCAGAAGCUGCCCUUAGGCCGCGUUAUGCACACCACAAGCGGCACUAAGGUUGCUACUAGGAGCCUUACGGAUUCUAGGAACGGCUCUGGGACUGGUGCUAGGAAUGGGGCUGCUACUAGGAGUGGUAGUGCUGGGAACGGCACCAAAUCUGGUGGUAGAAGUGGCAGGGAAUCUGAUGAUAGGAGUGGCAUUACUGGGGCUCUUGCUGGGGCUAGUAGUAGCAGUGCAUUGGCACGAGGGCACAUAGGUAAGUCGUUUUCUCAAGACUACACGAUGCAGGUAUUUCCGAGGGAGGAGGUUUCAAGUAGGCAGAGACAGAGGGCUUCUGGCGGUUCAAGGGGUGGGAGUGGAGGUGUGGGGCACUCAUCGCUUGGUGAAGAGUGGGGUUCUGGUAACUCUGGUAAUUCGCCCUCCGGCCAAACAUGGGACUCAGAGGUUGCGAGCAGGCUAGCAGCUGUGGGCGCUCGUGUGCUAGCAGGGAGUGGCGGAGGAGUAGGGGGAGGAGGAGCUGGAGUUGGGACGGGGAUAGUAGGGGCAAGGUUAGCAGGGAGAGAAGCAGGGACAGAUGCAGGCUUCUCAAGAGGCGGUUCGGGGGACGAUUUGUUUGAUGAUAUUUCAGAAGGUGACGAGGAUGACUCCGAUGCGUUUGAGUGGCGCCCGUCUCGCCGCCGCACUCGCAUUCUGGGCGGUGUUGCCCGGUCCACGUCAGCAGUCACCUCUCCCACGUCAGCGAUGGGUUGGACAGGUUGGCGCGACCUGAGUCAGCAGCACAAGUGGCAGCAGCAGCAGCAGCAGCAUCAAACAACGCAGGCUCACUCGCAUAAGCCUCGCCAUAAGCACUCCCGGGAGGAGAGGUCCAGGGAGAGGCCGCACUCAGCAGGGGCACGCAGAGAGAGCUAUGGGACGAGAGGAUCGGUGGAACCAGCAGGAACAGCAGGAGGAUCCGCGAGCGCAAGACCUAGCUCAGCUUCUUCUAUUGACAGGGAGAGGGGGAAGGGGGGCAGGAGGAGAGAGGAGAGAAGCGGGGCCGUUUCUGCUGCCUCUGCUGCUUCUGCUGCUACCGUAAUGGCUAGUAGAAGCGCUGUUCCUGUGUCCGUGUCGCUGGGUGUGACAGGCACGUCGUUUUCUCUGGGGGGUGGUUUGAAUUCGACUUUGGGGGGUGACGGUACCCUGGGUGGCGUGUUUCCCCGUCACAGCAGUGUGGGUUCUGGUGGCAGGCGUGAUAGUGGUGACGGUAGAAGCAGGCACGGUGGCAGUGGUGAGGGUGGGAGGUAUGGUGGCAGUGGUGACGGCCGCAGCUUCGGGUUCGGCCGAUCCACAAGCACGCGACAACCAGAGUGCGAGGAGCAGGCACUAGCAGCCAAAAAAUCCCAGUUGGCCACGUUCAGUCGAUGUGUGAGCACGGGAGAUUGGGAGGGGGAGGCGAUGGGGAAGAUCACCGGGAGGAGUGAGAGUGAGAGCGAGAGUGGGGAAGAGGUGCAAUGGGACAGGGGCAGGGGCGGGAGCGGUAGCGGGGGCGAGGGCACCAGCGGGGGCAGGGGCAGGCACGGAAGCAGAGAAAGAAUGUAUUCUCAUGAGGCAAAUCCACCUGGUGGUAGUUUUUACAGAGCUGUAGACGAGUCCACCAGAGGCCGUGGCGAUGGCACGGCCGAUGGUUACACGGAUACCACCGGUGGUUACGCAGACGGCACAGGCGGUUACCACCUCGCACGUGAACCCUCCCUCUUCUCCCCAGUAGCAGAGGACGAGGGUCAGGAGCCCCUCUCCUCCUCCACACUCUCCUCCUCCGCGUCUUCCUCUGCAGCCUCCCUCUUCCUCCGCUCCAUGAGCUCUGGCAGAGCCGAGGAUCUGCUGCUGCAGCAGUUUCACCGCCACCUCUCCCCUGAGGUUCGCCCCGGCACUGCUGGUGGCGCCUGGGGACGCAGAAACCACGCAGUUGACGAUUCGGGCGGCGGAAAUCGAAGUUCUGGCGAUUGGGGUAGUGGUAACGGUGGGAGUGGAGUCACAGGGAAGGGAAAGGAUGGGGUGGAGGGACGAGUGGGAGGUGGGCGCAGAGGGGAUCUGGGGCGUGGAGGGGUUGGGGCGUUAGGGGGCGCAGAAGCAGCAGCAGGAUUGCGAGCGGCGUUUGUGAGUGGGAGAGCGCGCAGCAGCAGCUUCAGUGGCGCUGCUGGUGGGUUUGCGGGCAGAGGGGGGGGCGGAUGGGGUGGGGAAGACGACGAGGGAAGCACACCCGGGGGAGGGGCGUCUGGGGGAGGCACACCUGCGGGCGGAACACCUAGGGGAGGGGGAUAUGGCAGCGGGACGAGCAGCGGCGCAGAAAGCACUGGGUCGCGGAUCUGCCACUCAGACGAGUUCAUCCGGCUGCCAGCUGGCAUGACCGCCCGCGGGGGCGGCAGCCUCGUUGGGUUGUCCACGCGGGCGCACUGCCUGGCUGCUGCUGCCACGUCAGCAGAGUCUCCUGCGGGCGGCAGACUGAGCAUGGGAGACGGAGAAGGAGGGGGAUGGGGAGGAGGCGACGGGGUAGGAGGAGGAAGGGAGGGAGCAGGAGCAGGAGCAGGAGGAGGAGGAGGGGACGAAGGAGGAUGGGGCAGAGGAAGGGGAGGAGAGGGAAAUGGAGGAGGGCGGCGAGUAGGAGCAGGGGGAGGAAGGGGCAGGGGACGAGGGGGGGGAUGGUCUAGGGAGAUCCCAAUAUCCCUGUCCGUAUCAGGCAUCCCCCCACCAGGACUAGAUGCACAAUCAGACACAAUGACAGAUGCUAUGGCAGAUGCUAUGACCCCCACACAGUCUCCUGUCUGCACGCCCCCUCCGUAUGCCCGCUCGCUCGUGUACGGUCGUUCCCCCCGCACGGCAUUUGACCGCUACCGCAUUCGCAGCCUGGGGGCCAUUCCGCCAGGGGGGCUUGUGGCUGGCUCCAUUGUGGUUGGUGGGACGGCGGGAGGAGGGGGCGCAGCAGGGUUCGGGGCGUCUGCUGCUGAUGGUGCUGGUGCUGGUAGUGCUGGUGCUAGUGCUGGUGCUGGUGCUGCCUCUGCUGCCAAUGCUGGUGCUGGUGCUGAUGCUAGUGAUGGGGAUGGGGCUGCUGGAGGAACUAAGGAGGGUGCUGCAGGGGCGAGCAGUGGGGGCGAGCAGGGAGGCGGGGCGAGCAGGCUGCGGGGUUCAGUGGGCCUCACAGCGCCCUCAGGCCUCACCUGGGACGAGGAGAUUUCCCGGAAGCUGGCUCUGCGGGGGGUGCAGGUGCGGCCGACCAGCAGCAGUGUUUCGGCAGCAAGCCCCUCGUCGUCUGCUCACCAGCAGCCGACGAGUCUCUCGACGCAAGAAGGUGCUGAUUUCGCCGCUGCAGCAGGAGCAGCAGGGACAGCAGGAGCAGCAGGGACAGCAGAUGCAACUGUAGCAACUGCAGCAGCAGGGGGUGCGUGUGACGGUGGUGAGCGUGCAAGUGCUCGCCUCUCUGUCUCUGACUGGGUGCGCUCCUCUUCCACCUCCUCCUCGACCCCUGCCAAGGUAUCCACUGCCGAAGCCGCGGCAGCAGCAGAAGGGGCGGCUGGAGCGCCAGGUGAAUUCUCAGGUGAAGUCUCAGGUGGAGAUUCAGAUGGCAGCAGCCUUUUCUUCGCUGUUCCCGCUGCCCCGGAUUCCCUUACAGCUACAGUUGUAGGGGCAGGUGGGGCAGCAGGGAGAGUUAUCACCUACCCCGAUUUCACCGAGCUUUCUCUCGACCUAUCCGAGACUAUCCCCCUCACCCCCUCCCGCUCUGCCAAGGGGUUUUCGCUGCCCGCCUCCCCUGCUGCUGUCGCCUUUGCUGCUGCCGUGGCUGAGGUUGACGCGUCCGGAUUCGCAGUACCGGAGCAGAUGCUGAGGGCAGAGAAGGGUGGGAAUGAGCUGGGGUCGGAGAAGGGAGGAGCAGGAGGAUCGUUUGCGUCGUGGAACUCGGGGAGUGGUGCUAGCAGUGGGAGCAUGAGCCGGGGCAAAGCAACAAAAAAGGUGAGCAGACAGAAGGGUGGGAAUGAGCUGGGGUCGGAGAAGGGAGCAGGAGGUUCGUUUGCGUCGUGGCGCUCGGGGAGUGGUGCUAGCAGCGGGGGGAGCAUGAGCCGGUGCAAGACAACGAAAAAGGAGCUUCCAACAUGCUGUGUUAUCAGCUGA